GUGAAAAGACUGUAUGAGCUAAGUUGUCCGGCUCCGACAUGGUACUUCCACGCAUUCGAGGUCAAAUAUCCUUCUGAACCUCUUCCCCCAAGUGCGGCUAAAAGGAUUUCGUCACGUUUCAACAAAGUCCAUGUCUCAGCAGAGUGUGUGAACACUGGGGUUAUUUCUAUUUAUUUAAACUCUUCUUACUCUGCUUGUUGCAGAAAUCCUCAAUACUUCUCACUGUCUUAUUUCCUCUUCUACCAUUCAAACCUCCGACCACUGGAUCAUCCCGGCUAUUCCGGUGGGUCGCAUCAAUGCCAUUACUUCAUUUGAACCUAGGUCCUAACACGCUUCCUCUCUCCAUGUCUAUCUCUCUCUCUCUCUGUUGUCUUAGAUUAACUACCUCUUAGGUAAUGCCUGCCAUUUUUGGGUUGCAAGAUUUCAUGAUACCUCGUAGCUAGACAGUCAGUCUUCACUACUGCGGAACGGUCCGGAUGGGAUUUGAACCCCGGGCUGGCUGUCUGGACUGACUGAAGAAUGGCAUCGUUGUCGCUUCUACCACCUGGCCGCCACUCUAUCCAUGUGGAAUGCCCCAAAAGAUUCCACAUAAGAAUUUUUACACUCGUGUUUAACACUAGCAGGAUAGACGAUCGUCAGGACACGAGACAUGUUUUGAUCACAAUGGAAAUCAGGAUUAGUAACGUUUACUUAAAAAAAAAAAACACAUUAAUAAACAAUUUCUGUUUCCAGUUCUUCUCCUGUUAUUUUUAAGCUCAAAAAUUGUACAAAAAUGCCUGAAAUUUUAUCUCACCACUCUAUCAGAGUCUAGUUCCAAUCUCGCACAAUGUUCGUGUGGUGUAUCGGACGCAUAAUUGUUAAUUGGGUAGGCGCUUCAUCUGGCCACGGCUUCGAAACGUCAAAGCAUUCCUGGCUGUUUGUUGUCAACAAACUGGAAGAGCUUUUCGUUUCUCGGAACAUUUUUAGUUUCCAUAGUUUACCCCCACAAUAUCAAUGAUUUUGUAGUGAUUCUUUGACCAUAUGCUACCGGUUAACCCUUCCUGGUACGCACGUGCAUCCCGAGAACGAAAUUUCAUCGCGAUGCUCAGCUAGGAGUUCACCAAGCACACGGCGGCGUACGAAGACAAUAACAAGAAAACACCGGUACUGGCGUCUUCCGUAUUCCGGGAUGGAAUACAACAAUGCCUACAACAAACCGUACUGCGGCAACAUUACUCAACCCUUGCCAACUCCCGGCAGCGCUGGCUUUUUCCCGGCAAAUGACACCACACCAGCGACGUUCCUUAAAGUGCCCAACCCACCGUACAUCAAGCAAGAAUCGGUUACGGGGGCCGGUGAUUCGGUGAUCCAUGCCGGGACUGUAACACCGCCCGUAAACUACAGCCAGAACCAGCAGCACCAGCACCAGUAUGGGGCUGACUACGGUGAAUCGAACGAAGCAGAAAAGCCGCUCUUCUACCACCGGAAACCGUUCGAAAUGUCGUAUCUGUCGAAUCCGUACAUGCAGCCCCAUGCGCAGCAAUAUCCUCAACAUGCUCUUCCGCCGCAUUUUCCAUCGCAAACGAACCACCCUCACCACGUGUCUCAUCUGCAGCAGCAACCGCAACAGCCUCUUCCAGCACCACCUCCGCUCACUGUGCCAUCCGAUAUGCAUUCCCCACAGCAGCUGGGUCCGGAGCAUAUGCAGCGAUCGCAACAUCCGGCAAACUUUCACGAGUACUACGAUCACUCGGAUGCUGGCUCCGCGCUGGAACCGUACGCUUACGUGCUGCAAAAGCCGACCGCCGCACCAAUGCUAACCCCGGAUACGUCCUCACCCCUGGUUCCUACCCCGUUUGUACCGGCCCUCGAUCCACCAACAACUCGAUCACCGUACGGCGCAUCGGGCGAAACGCCGCAACCGAUCGCCUUCAAGUGUGAGCUCUGUCCGAAAACGUUCGAAACGAGGCUGAAGCUGGAGAAGCACGGCAAAACGCAUCUGGCGAACGGAGGCGCGCCGCAGCAAGACUUCAAGUGCCGUAUGUGCGAUAAAACGUUUCGCACGAAAAGUACGCUCAUCUGCCACGAGAAGGUGCACGGCGAGAACGGGGUGGACAAUAGCUUUUCGUGCGUCGAGUGUGGCAAAGUGUUUGCGACCGCCGACAAGCUGCAGGUGCACCGGCGGCUACAUACGGGCGAAAAACCGUACCAGUGCAAGGUGUGCCAGAAGUACUUCAACCACCAAUCGAACCUGAUCGUACACCAGCGCAUUCACGAUAAGGUAAAGAAGGCGCUCAAAUGUGCCCGGUGCAGCAAGGUGCUGGACAAUGAGGAACGGUUGGCGAUCCACAUGCGGCUGCACACCGGCGAAAAGCCGUACAAAUGCUCGUACUGCGAGAAGCGCUUCAACCACAAAAGCACGGUCAGUACGCACGAGAAGGCGGCUCACAUUGCGGCCAACUCGUACAAAUGCGAACGGUGCCAUAAGACGUUCAAUCAAAAGUGCCAGCUGCAGUACCACGAGAAGCUGCAGGAGGAGCAUACGAUCGCGUGCGCUCACUGCGAGAAGGUGUUUUGCUACAAGGCCAGCCACAAGGAGCACAUGUUUAAGGUGCACUUUCCGCGCCCGAAAAAGGAGCAGAAGAAAGGGCAACCAACGGCGGGCGAUGAACAAGAGGGCGGCGAGGGAGCGGAUGGCGCAGGAGCAACCCAUUCCGGUGGUGGUGGUGGCGGCACCGGGAGUGGCAAUCAGGGUAGGAACAAAUUCAAAUGCAACGUGUGCGAUCGUCGCUUUUACUACAAGCGAGCGCUCGAGGUGCAUAUGGGUGUGCAUGACGCUUCGCUGGACGUGAAUGUGCUGUACUUUUCGUGCAACUACUGUCCGGAAACGUUUACCGAGGAGGAAUCGUUGCAGAAGCACGAGGCCAAACACGAGGCGGACGGGACGACCGAUUUUCUGCAAAACAUGAAACAGCUGGACCAGUCGGAAAACCCGGCCAAUGGGCAGGUUGAUGGCGGGUUUCGCUGUCCGUUGUGCUUUAAGCGGUUCGAGAAUCAGCGAGCGUUGCGCGACCAUCACAAAACGCACCUCUGCUCGAACGCGGACUGUGCCAAGUGCGGGCCGGCGCAUAGCGACCGGUUCGAACUGGCGCACAGUACGUACGAUGCGAACGAUGAUCUGCAGCCGACGGUGUGCAACAUUUGCCACCGGCAGCUGGCAACGUUCGAGCAGUAUCAGAACCACUUCCACUACCACACGUCCCGGGUGCCGUUCUACUGUUACCACUGCCGAGAAGAGUUUAACGAUAAGCGGGAGCUGUACAAUCACUCGAGGACGCAUGUACCGCGCGAGCCGGAAUCGUACACGUGCGAGGUGUGCGCGAAGGUAUUUUCCACCAAGGGCAAUUUCAAGCGGCAUUUAAAAUCUCACCAAGCGGUCCGGGCGUUCGCGUGUGACCGCUGCUCGAAGCAGUACGACUACAAGAGCGCGCUGGAGGUGCAUCUGAAGCGUUCGCACGGCAUUGAACUUUAGUUCACGGAGUUCGCAUAGCAGAGGGGUCUAACUUUUCCCUAGCUAUACGGCAAGCCGGGCAAACGGUGCCGUUCGAAUUGUACAACAGCAGAGAAACAGGGGAGAGAGACAUAUAUUUUUCAGCGGAUCGAUUCCUGUGUUUAUUAUUAUAAGAUCGCUAAAUAAAAGAGUUCCCGCCGCUCGCGAUGAUGAUGAUGAUGGGACGGACAAUCUUUCAA